CUACCCCUAGUGCUUAGGCCGGUUUGAGCUGGUUGAGGCUGGUUCCAUUCCUUCAGGCGGUGUGUAGGAGACUCUGGCCACCCUGCUGCCCUCGCUUCUAGAGGUUCGAUCGCUCUGCGCUUCUGAGCCCCGCCCGGAAGUGGAGCUGCCGUCUGUGUGGCGCGUGGCGCGUGUGCGUGUGUGUGGCCAGCAGAGGGCGCUCGGCUCCCAUGGUCCGGCUCGGCAGGGCUACACGCGCCCGCUCGCCUGGUCUCCCGCCCUCUCCUCCCCGGCGCCCGCCCGCCCGCGUGGCUGUUACCGGGUGAACGCGUGAGCUCCUGAGCCCUUAAAAGAGUCCUCCUCCCUUUGCUCCUGGCGCAGACGUUCCACUUUGGGGCAUCUGUGUCCGAGGGCAAGCGGGUGGGUCCUUGGGACCCAGGGAAAGAGAAAGGGCAGCGGUGGGGGGGAAGAAAGUUAAACGGGGCGGGGGUGAGCGUAGGGAAGGAAGGCGGGCAACAGCGGAAAAGUGAGGGAAACAAACCCCAAAAGUAAGCAAAGUAGCCCAACUUGGGCACGGGAUGGAAGGGAAGGAGACGGAUGGGACGGGCGGGACGGGCGGGAAGGAGAUGGAUGGGACGGAAGGGAAGGAGACGGACGGGACAGAAGGGAAAGAGAUGGAGGGGUCAGAGGGGAAGGAGAUGGAGCCCGAGGUAGAGAGCAAAACCAUUAAAGUAGAGCCCACCGAUCCCGGUGAGACCCAUCCCAGUGACAAUGACCCUGACGAUGACCCUGACAAUGACCCCGACCCCGGAGAGGGACCAUCCUCCCUGAUCAGGGACCCCAAGGUAGGACUGUGUGAACCCAAACCGGGACCAAGCCAUAAGAUCAUGGAUGUCGACGAAGAUGACAGUGAGGAUGAGGAUGAGGACGAAGACGAGGAUGAGGAUGAUGCCAACUUGCCCCUGGUGGUCUGGGAGCAGCCCCUCAAAGUGGGCAAAGAAGAGCCCAUGGACUACGAUGAUGACUGCAUGCCUGGACCUAGCCGAGCCAAGCCCAUGCACAACUGGGACUCAGACAGUGACUCGGAUUCUGAAAGCUCUGCCACAUCCUGUAGAAUCCGAGAACUUCGUGGCCCUGAUGAUGAGGAGGAAGAAGAAGAUGAUCAGGCCAGGGCGCCGAAACAGAAGAGCAUCUUCUGCUUUAAGAGGAGAGAUAUACCUGCUGCUGAUGCACCUCCUCCAGCAGAUGACAUGACUCUCAUUCUGCCUGAAAGUGUUGAACUACAGCCCUUUGGGAGGGUUUCAGGUAUUAUCGAAAAACUAGUAAUAAUUGAAUCUGUGACUGACCUGCCACCAGUUUGUGAAGAUAGCAUGAUCUUCAAGAGCAACCGACAUGCUGCUGGAAAGAUUUUCGAGAUCUUUGGGCCCGUUGCACAUCCCUUCUAUGUGCUGCGAUUCAGUUGUUUGGAACACAUCAAGAGAAAGGAUAUCAAAAUCCGGGACAUCAUGUAUUUUGCCCCUUCAAUCCAGCACUUCACUCGCUACAUAUUCACGGACAGGAUUAGGGAUAGGGGUUCUGAUGCUUCCUGGAAGAAUGACCUAGAGCCACCACCCGAAGCUGUUGAUUUCAGUGAUGAUGAAAAAGAAAAGGCAGCUAAGAACAAGAAGAAGUACUACGGACGUCAUCGGAAGAAGCAGAGGGCAGAGUACAGGUCAAAGAGCAGAUCCAGUUACAGCAGGGAUGGUCGAAAGGGUUGCAGAUCAGAAACCAGGGAGGUGGCCGUCCAGGAAGACAGGCAGGAUGAUAGGCAGGAGGAGAAGCAGGAGGAGAAGCAGGAGGAGAAGCAGGAGGAGAAGCAGGAGGAGAAGCAGGAGGAGAAGCAGGAGGAGAAGCAGGAGGAGAAGCAGGAGGAGAAGCAGGAGGAGAAGCAGGAGGAGAAACAGGAGGAGAAGCAGGAGGAGAAGCAGGAGGAGAAGCAGGAGAAUAGGCAGGCUUCUCGCCAGGACAAUAGGCAGGCUUCUCGCCAGGACAAUAGGCAGGCUUCUCGCCAGGACAAUAGGCAGGCUUCCCGCCAGGACAAUAGACUGGGUGCCCGGGAACGAUCAACUGGCCAGCAGGAGAACAGACAGGGAGCACACAGAGAUCAGAAAAAAGGUCAGAGGAAGUCUAACAGACGUGAUCACAGGCAUUCCAACCGCCAUGAUCGCAGGCAGGAUCGCAGGCAGCUGGUGCAGCAUGAUCACAGGCAGCUUGUCCAGCAGGAUUUCCGACAGGAAUACAGUCAGGAGUUUGGCCAGGAGUUCGGUCAGGAGUUUGGGGGUCAAGAUUAUGGACAGCUAGAAUUUGGGCAGCUAGAAUAUGGGCAGCAGGAGUAUCAGGAAUUCCGACAGGAAUACCAUCAGGAGUACCACCAGGAGUAUCAUCGUGCUGCUGCUGCCGCUGCUGCUGCUGCUGCCGCUGCUGCUGCCGCUGAGUACCACCAGGAGUACAGACCUGUUGCUGAGUUCCGUCAGGAGUACGGACCUGACUAUCAGAAUCUUGGUGCUUAUGGAGGAGAAGCACCCCCUGCUGCUCACUGGUGCCCCCAGCCUCGAGAGGCUGGAAGGAGCUGCUACAGCAAACGCGAGUACCACCGAGAAUUCUCCCGGGGCAGACACCACAGGUCCAGCCACUCCAGGUCCCAGGCAUCUGGGCAGUUUUACAACGCUGAGCACAGGUUGGCCCAGGAUGCCCCUCCCUCCCUGUUUGCGCCUCAGCAUAGGCAAGACAGUGCUCUCAUGCAGCAUUCCUAUCAGCUGGCUCCUCAGUACUUUGACAUGCACCAUUACCAGGCUCACCCAUCUCAGCAUGUGGCUUGGUCUGGGCUGUCCCAGCAUGUGCACAAUGCACACUACCAGCACUUCCAGGGCCAUCACGCUAGGGGUGGUGGGCACUGCUCCCAGUACAGACCUUACUACUAGACAGAUCAUGUUUCAUGAGCUCACUACAGAAACAGAUGACAGAGCUCCUAAAAAACAUGAUUCCUCAGUCUGGUUACUAAAGAAAGUGAACUUGAUCAAAAUUAAAACACUUACUGUAAAAUAAUUCAUUAUUCAUAUGUUCCAGUGGUAAAUAUUUGUGACUUAGUGAAAUAAUGACAUACUCUCCUAACAUAAAAAAUUAGAUCUCAGAUUGAAAAGAAAACUAAAAAAAACCAAAACCCUCUAACAAUCUAACCCUUCAAAUUAUGUAUCACUUAACUAACACUUUGAUUAUAAUCCAACAGAAUUUUAUUUUCUUUUUUUCCCCACAGUAUAGAUCUAAGUAGCAGAAAUAGAACACCUUUCAUCAGGGAUUAAAGCAUGUUGAACCAUUGAUUGACUUAGAGUAUUUGUGUUAAAUCCAGCAAGAUAAGAUUUUGAAGUCCCAUUGAGGAUAUGUGGAAAAAAAAUAAAGUUUUUUUUUUUUAAAACUAAAUGUACUUGUUUGGAAAUGGCUUUUGUAGAUGCAUCAUUUAAUUUUCAAAAAUCUUGAACUACACUGAUUUUUAAAAUUUAGCAAAUGGAGAUGACAGAAGAAAAAACAUGCAUUCUUUGGCAAUUAAAGAUUAAUGUCAAGUUGUUAUAAACAUUGUGGCUCUAAACAAAUACAAGGUUAAAACUGACAACGUAGGAAUACUUAAAGACACUGCAAAUUUCCUUAAUUUAGGUUAAAUAUAGGGAGAUUCUCUUCCAUCUUCAUUAAGUUGGCCAAUUAAAAAAAAAUCUAAAGAUGAAACUGUAAUAUCCAUUCCCUAGUGAAAAUCAUUUUAAGCUUUUCUUUGGCUAUCUUCCAUUCUUUAAGCAUCUUAAUGAUAAAUAUUACUUUACAACAUGUGUGAGAUAUAAAGUAAGAGGCUUUAGCUCUAGUCAAAACCUCUCUGGGAUUCAGGUUCCCCAGAGUCAGAUUUGAGAGAUAAUUGAUAAGGCCCCUCAAGAGCUGUGAGGGCCCUCAGAGGCCAUCUAGGUCAAUCCUCUCAUUUUACUAAUGUAAAAACUGUGGCUUAAGAGGGUUAAAUGACUUUCCCAAGGUCACACAGGUAGUACGAUAUCUAUGCAAACUAAUGAAAAUUAGAACCAACAACAAACAAAAUCCAAACAGUACUACCUAUGUGACUUUGGACAAGUCAGUUAACUUCUCUGGGUCUCAUUUGUGAAAUGAGACUGGACUAGGUAGUCUCUGAUCAGCUCUAGAUCUGAGAUCCUAAAGGAGCCUUAUGAUUUAUCUAUCUAGUCGAGUCCUCUCAUUUUAGAGUUGAGGAAUCUGUAACCCAGAGAGACUGUGACUUGUGUUUUCUUGAAAAUUCAUUGCAUUGGCAAUUCUAGUCCUAAAUUUUAUCAAAAAAUUCGUUUUGUCAGAAGUUUUUUCUCCUCCCCCCCCACCCUGAUUAAAAGAAAGUGAUAAGAGAUCACAGUUGAUCUUCCUCUACCAAAUAAUUUAUCUUGGAAAAAAAUAAUUCAGGACAUACUAUACGUUCAAAGUGUAUAUAGGUCAUCCAUUCGUUGGAAAAACUGAGUACCAGAAAAAUUAGAGUUGUUCCAGACUUCAAUUCUGCUAGCUUCGGCAUAGCCUUCACUAUGGUAGCCUUUUUUUCUUUUGUCACAGUGUCUGAAAUAAUAGGUUGAAUCUGUUCAGCUGUACAAUGCCAUUGUCCUAAAUUUGAGUAAACUUCCCUUAAAAUCAGUUUUUACAGAUCAUAUCCAUAAUACACUAAUGAAAUUUAAAAGUACACAAGGAAUUCUUGAAGUCCUUGUCAGUAUUCGUCAAAUAAGUCAAAAAAUCAGUCAAAAUCUGGCAAAUAUUUGCUUUUAAAACAUGAGUUAUGGGUUCAUAGAUAUGGAAAAUGUAUACUGAAGGUGUCUGAAUGUAGCCACGGUUUGAAUCUUUGCAGGGUAAAUGCACAGCUAUAAAGGUAAGUUAAUAAUUCUUGAUAAUAUCUGUGCAGGCAGCAAAGUAGUAGCCUAAUUGUGCUUUCAGGUGAAUGUCAUUUUUUCAUACAUUAAUCUACAAGACAAAUAUAUAUAUAUAUAUAUGUAUAUAUCUGUUAAUUGUUUAUAUAUCUUGGAUACCAAACCCUUAUCAGAGAAAUUUGAUGCGAGAUUUUUUUUCCCAUUCAACUACUUCCCUCCUUAUCCUAGAUGUACAGUGCCACCUUCGUUUACAUUUCACUUAGCAUCCCUAAUAGCAUUUACUUCAAAACUAAAUGGAAAGUCUUGGCCUAUAGAACUGUGAAAAGUGAUAAACAAGAAAAGUGUGUAAGAUAUAUUCAUUCACAUUGUAUUAAUUAAGAAGGGACCUUCUUAGUCCUACGAAGUCCCAUCUUUAAAAGAAAACUUGAUGAGGUGAGAUUAUCCUGAGGCAAAUCAAAUUGUUGGUAUUGGGUCUUUAUGGAAUUUAUCAUACUUUAUGGGUUCCAACAUCUAAAGAAUCAAAUUUUUAAAAAACCCAUAUGUACAUGGGAAACUAAUUUUUUUUAAUCCGACUUGAGAGUUCAAGGUCUAUGAAACUAAAUUUAAGAUCUUCAGAAAAUCUUACCAUUCACAAAUAAUGCAUUCUAGACAUUCCCUUCCCCCUUGAGAAAAUCCUAAAUAUCAUUAUAUGGUGAUUAUUUUUUAAAAGCCUUUUUCUCCCUUUUAGAUUCUUUACUAUUCAGUUACCAUCAUAAUUAUUUAUUUAUUUUUUGGGGCAUGCCAUGGGAAAGAGUAUAUCCUUAAGGUAGUACUACAGCGUGCCAAAUGCUUAAUGUCAUCAGAGCAUUGUGAGAGGCGAGGCAAGUCAUCUUGUACCUCUCUAAGCCUCUAGUUUCCUCAUCCUUAAGAUGAGGUUACUAAUACCUGUAGUACUUACCCCACAGGGUUGUUGUGAGGGUCCAAAGAUUAAAUUGGCUCAAUUAACAUGUUAACAUCUUAAAGCGCUACACAAUGGCAAAUUAACUAAAGUCUAUAUUAAAUACUCUUUGUACUGCAGUGGGAAGACAGUUAAAUGGCAUGCCAUGCAUAAAUAUUUUGUGAUCAUGAAUCUCUAAAUUGCAAGGGGGUCCUAUAUGUCCCUCUUAAUCCCUAAACUAGUCAAAUAAAAUUUAAUAUCUUUAGUAAUUACCAAUUCUAAUUUGAUCAAAUGUUGACCCACCCAUAAGUCUCCCAGUUCAGUUCCUUUUUUAGAAAAAUACUAUCUAUGAUUAAUUUCCAGUACAUAAAGUUGAAAGACCUUUAAAACCACAGCUAAACAAAAUUGAGACUUAGAAUGAUUUCCUCAAUACUCUCCCUCACCAGGCAGACCAUAACUGUAAUGCAAAAUAAACAGGCAUCAUCUACAUGAUUGAAAUCAUAUCAGUAUACUAUUACAAUUUAAUCCAAUUAAAUGUAUUUCAUUACCUGUACCAGUUUACUUAACACCUAUUAAAAUGGAUGGUCAGUUUAACCUCUUAGCAACUAUACUCUUGCAUGCUAUAGAAUUAGGGGCAUCUUGGUUUAUAUGUUGAGUGCCAUAGCUGCCAAUUUUUGACUGUUUCUUUAUGAGAUUGAGUGGAUGCUGGUUCAGAAAUAUCUGUAUUGGAAAUACAAUAUUUUAUCUGGUUCAAACAAACAAACAAAACCUAUCAAAAGUUUAUUUAUCCAGACAGGCCCCUUAUUUCUUAAAGGGGACUCUGAUUCCAAACUCUUAAGAUGAAUAAAAUAGCAUUAGAAAUGUUUGCCACUAUGAAUAAAUAUUAGCAGAAUCAGGAAACUUAAGGUUUGGUUGCUUAUAGUAUUAGUACAAAAUACUAAGUGUGGUGAUUAGCAUGUAUUAGAGAUGUAGAUGGGCAUACCAGAGGGAAAGGGCAAUAUAAAAUCAAAUUAGUAUUCCGUGACCAAAUUUUUCUUUUGAAGUAGAUAUUGCAUAUAGUGUGACAUGUCUGAACUCAGAAGGAUUAAAAACCAAGUUAUUUUGUUGCUUAUGUGGUAACUUCUUUCACAAGUGCAUCUUACUUCUUCUGGAGAUGGAUGCUAUGUCAAUCGGAGAGAUGAUCUUAGGAUCAUAGGUGACGCAGACUCUAAUGGAGAAAAAACAACAAACAAGCCCAAAGCAAAAAAUCUGCUUGUUAGCAUAGAACCCCAAUUAAAGAGUGCCGGCUAGGUGAAGUUGGUCUCUAACAGGUUUGGAGAAAGAAAACUCUAAAGGGUUCUCAAUAGUCUGCUGGAUGUGCUUUAUUCUACAUCCCACUGCUAUCGUAAAGGUAUACCUGCCUACUCUGUCGAACAGUAUCCCUUCUAAGAGAUGGUUUGACAUUGUUGGGUUCAGUUAUACAGAUUGUGAAAAAUGUUGCCACCCAUUCAAAGCUAAGUACUUUUUAUUUAAGGUAUAAUUUUCUUUUUGGCCAGCUGUAAAUACCAAACAUUACAAUAUUAACUAUGUUGUAGAAUAUAUGUAAUCAAAUAAACUUUAAUAAUAUUUAAAAGUUAAAGAAAAUAGCUAGGCAUUAAUUUGAUCAAUACUGUCAAGUUUUGUAUGUUUGUAAAUAUAUUGAAUCAGAAAAAUGCAUAAUUCCACAAUCCAGAGUACAGUCAUUUUUUUCAUAGAUGGCAGCUACUCAGCCAUGUUCAGUUAAGUGUGAGUUACAUCCACUUGAUUACAAACUUCUAGUGACUGGCUGUGUGAUUUUUAAAGUGGUCAGGAAAACUGCAUGAAAAUACAGAUGCCUCUAGUUCAGAUGAAACAGUCUACUGCUGAGGAAUAGAGCUCAAUUGAAUUCUUGGACCCACUGUCUUUUAGUUAGAAUAAACUUUCCAAAUUCUUAAUAUACACCAAAUGAUCAGUGCCAAUCAAUUAUAUAGCAAUGAAUCCAAUGCCUCACUGCAGCAGUUUUAGAAGUAUUCUUCAAUAUUUAUCAACAUAUUUGUUUUGCUGGAUCAUUUUGUUUGAAUGCACCUACUGCAUCUCAAUUUCAUUAGUUUGGUGAUUAUGAAAGAGGGCAACUUUAAUUCAAGAACCAAUUUGAUGUCCUACUGUUGUAAUUACUCUACAUGAUAAUUAGAAAAACACUUAUUGGUCUUUUCUUACUUUAUUGCCAAAGAUUGCACAGAGAUCCAGUUCUCCAGAAUAAAUAAAAGCAUUUUAAAAUUUUUAAAAGUAUUAUAAAAUAAAAGCAUUAUCUGCAUAAUUCAAGUUCUGCACCUAAAGAAAGCAAGUGUACAAAUUAAGAAAUCCCAAUCUCUUUAGUCUGUUAACAUGAAAGCUUUGAAUCCUAAUAAAUUAGUCUUUAAGUAGAUGUCACAUUGACAGAACUAUUGGUUUUUUCCUUAUUCCUCCCCUCCUGUUGUCUUUUAAAUCUGACCUUUACAAAUGUAACAUACACAAAAAGUUAUUCUUACGAAGUUAGAGGACAUUUGCCUAUCAAAUAAAAUGUUCAGAUUUCUACCAAAAACUGUUUACCUUGGAAAUAUUUUACAGUAAGUUUUUUUUCUCUUAGAAUCUACAUUUCUUCAAGCCCAGCCCCAACCCACUUCUUUCAUCAAGCCUUCACUGACCAUUAAAAAGGACAAUGAUGUAAAUCCAUAACCCAUUCUUCAUACCAUCCAUCUGUAACCUAAUUGCUGCCUUACAGGGAUUUCAUUGUUCUAAGUCAUUAUUUAACCUUUUAUGUAUGUCUUUUUUUCCCCAACUAGAUUUUAAACUUCUUGAGGGCCAGGACCAGACAUUGUACUUCUCUAUAUAACCCCACAGCACCUAGAUUGGUACUAUGUACAUAGUAACCCCUCCAUGAAAUUUAUUGGCUAAUUCUAGCAUUUUAUGAUCUCAAAACUCUAAAGGCUUGUGCGUUGGUACUGAGAUGUUCUGUACAUAGCCUCUGGAGCCAUCCACAGAAGGUGGCUGUGUGCCAAGAGAUUGUGAGAGAGAAGUCAGUGAGUAUCUCCUCCAGUGCUCCCUUUGGGCAGUUAUGCUCCUUUUGUCACAACAUUACCAUGCAACUAAGAUCCCAGAUGCAGAUGGCCCACUUCAUUCUUUAAUGGAGUCCACUUGUCCUAUUGAAUGGGAAAGCAAGGUGUGAGCUGGACUAGUUGGCUUUCUGAGGACUCUUCUGACAAGGAGAUUCUGUGAAGUGGAGAGAGGCAUUUGAAGGAAACAUGGCUAGUGUCUUGAAUAUGAAAAAAAAUGGAGAUGAAUAUUUUAAACCAUUUAUCUAUUUUACAGAAUCUACAGCAGUUAAUAUGAGACAGAGUGACUCGGCCUCUGCCUUGUGUACUGCUAGUCCAAAUUAGAGCACAAGUAUUUUUGUUAUUUUCAGUAAUCAUGGAGCAUCUUUUCCGCCCAAAGACUUCAAAUCAAUUUGUGGAUAUCCCAUUCUCAUAACCAAAUGACAUCAAUGAGUGGAAAGUCUCAUACAUUAAAUUUUCCUGAAUGUUAUGCCUAAAAUUGGGGUCCUAAUAGAGGAGCAAAGAGUGAAGAUCACUGAGUGAAGCAAAAGCUCUCUCAAAUCACUUAGCACCUCUUAGGGCCUCAGGCCCCCUUUGAAGUUGGCGCAAUGUUAUAGCAUGUCACUCAUGUAAAUUUCGUGUCUGUAAAAGAAGGGUCUAAGGUCCCUUCCAGUGAUAAUGAUGUGUUUCUGUGAUAUAUAAUACUGUAAAAUGCCAAAAAAAAAAACUGUGAGUAAAUGUAGAUCUUUAAGUAUGCCAAAAAAAAAAACCUAUAUACUUUUAACUUCAAUGUUUUCUUCUUUAAGCGCCAGUAGUUUUAAGUGGUAGAUUGUCUUUCUAGAUUGUCAGUAGCUAAUUAAUACUUUCUUGGCGCUACAUAAAUCUUAAACUGAUAUCUUAAACUAAUAUCUAUGUCAAAUGUAUCUUUCUCUAUUUGAUGUUAUUUCUCUUUAACUAUAAGAUAAGUAACUGUAGAGUAAACUAUAGAGUAAAACUCUAUAAAACUCUAGAGUUAAAAACCACCAUUUGGGGCUAAGGGCUAUAUCGCGAUUGGUGCUGGUGAAAUUUGUGCCGUAAACGACUUAGUUAUUCAACUAAGUUAUCGUCCCCGUAAACCUGUUGUGGAGUGCCGUAACCCAAUCAUAUUAUGCAUGUAUAUGUUGAUAUCUUAAAUGUUUAUCUAUGUUUAAAUGUUCAAAUAAAUGUUCAAAUAAAUGUUUGCAAAAUCAA